GUUGCUUGGCCGAGUCAGGGGCUGCGAUUGAUGAAUUGUGAAUUGGGUAAUUUCCUUUUGGACGACUGAGCUAAAUUUUCAGAGAGCUGUGGGUUCUUCAAUUGUAAACCAAUAUUCAUUCACGCUAAAUAUGGACAAGAGUUGGAUGACAAAGUGGAGAGGCUCAAGGGAGUAUAUGGAAGGGGCCGAAGCGUUUGUGAAGUAUGCAGUUACGAACUCUAGAAAUAAAAAUUCAAUUGUGUGCCCAUGCAAGAAGUGUGGCUUGAACAGGAGUUUGCGACCAGAAGAAGUAUAUGACCACUUGACCGGUGGAAGGGGAAUUUUGCCUAAUUACACUGAAUGGAUUUGGCAUGGAGAGAAGAUUAGGGCUCCUGUACCUAAUAGAGUACCUAUAGUUGAAUCUCUCAACCCGGCUCCGACUACAGAUAAUGUACCAAUACCUGAUGAGAUGGCACAGGACCCUCGCCCACCUUCUCCAAGUGCAUUAAUUGAGGAGCCCUUAGUCGACGACGUACAUACAUCGUCGGAUACGGCCAGUACUGGGUUUGUAGAGUUUCUUCGUGAUCUUGAUACUCCAAUAUUGCCACAUAAGGAUAACAGGGCACAAGGUUCCAAUAUUGGCGUAUUAUUGGAUAGUCGACAAGUCCGUACGAUAGAUACGGAUGGCAAUUUUCACAUAAGAGAUGUUGGCUCUCCAAACGCCUUUUGGACAAUACCCGCGGAAGAGAAGGUGGUAGUUGAUUUUAAUGCGACGUGGCAGCCAGUUGGCACGAGUGGGAUGAAAUUUCGCCGGCUAGGAGCGAGAUAUGUCCGGACUGGAAAGUUUGUAGAGCUAAGCGCCCCAAACUGGAGGAAAGUAGAUCCUCAACUUAAGGAGGACCUGUGGGCCGCCCUGAUGAAAAAAUUUUACAUCAUGCCCGAUGCACCUAUGACUGCAAUCAAACGGAUCACAAUGAUUGACCUCGGACAUAAGCGAAAAAAUUACAAGUAUAGGGUGAAGAAGGGUCUUAAUAUACAAGACAAUGAUACCCGCGAGUCAAUUAUUGAUGCGACACCCAACAUCACGGAUUUCGAUGUUGAGGACGUCGAGAUAACCAUCGACACAUGGUUGACUCCAGAAGAUAAGGCAAGGGCUGAAAAGAAUAAACAAUGCUCCAAAAGCAAUAAGAUAAUUCACACAUCUGGCUCGAAGAGCUACGCCAGAGUCGCGAAAGAGCUGGAAAUAUUAAAGCGAACACCACCCACCCGAGCUGAAGUUUUUGUGGCAACUCACACAAAAAAAGAUGGGACGCCCAGCACUCAAGCAGCUUCGGAGACGAUUGACAAGCUUAAGAAGCUGAUGGCUGAGGACACUGCAAGAACAAACCAUGUAUCUCCGCAGGGUUCAAUAUUGUGGGCCGAAGAUGAUGCGCUUGCAAGGGCAAUGGAAAAAGCGGAAUACUCAGGCCGUGUCCGUGGAACGGGGCUUGGGCCACUACCAAUUAGACCCACUUCUCGUUCAUCUACAUCAUCAGCGUCACGCUUGUCUCAAGAAGCUGCAUUCAAUAAUCAAAUGAAUGAAAUGAUGACAAAAUGGGAGCAAGAGAGGAAAAGAACGGAUGAACGACGGGAGGAAAAGAGGAGAAGAACGGAUGAACGACGGGAGGAAGAGGGGAGAAGAAUGGAUGAACGGAUUGCAGCACAGAGUCAAAUGAUAGCGAAUAUGCAGAAGAUGAUCAAAAAUCUUGCUGCCGCCAAUGCAACACUAGUGGGCAACUCUUCAGCUACACAAGACACUGAGUCACCUAAUGUCGUGAGAGUGAGCUCUUCAGUAACUAGUCGACCAGGUUAGCUCCCAACAUAAUUAACUAAUUAA